AUGAAGUUAAACAUAGCAUAUCCAACGAAUGGUACACAGAAGAUGUUUGAGAUUGAAAGAAAGGUGGAAUCAAGGCUUUACGACAAGAAGAUAGGAGAUCAGUUUGAUGGGGGAAUUCUCGGAGAAGAGUUUGAAGGAACAAUUAUGGAGAUCACAGGAGGAGACGACUAUCAGGGCUUUCCCAUGGUAGGGGGGCACUUGACGAAGAAGAGAGUAAGGCCUCUUCUAUCGAAGGGGGAUACAGGAUACCGAUGCAGACGCAAGGGAGAGAGGCGGCGCAAAAGCGUCCGUGGAUCGAUUGUUUCUGAGCAGACCUGUGUACUGAGCCUGAUAAUUCUGCGAGCCGGGGAGAAGGAGAUAGAUGGGCUUACAAAUGUUGUCAAUGACGUUUCCCAUCUUCCCAGGAAGGAGAAGAAGCUUAGGAAGAUGUUUGGGAUUCCUGCAGAGGAAGAAAACGUUGUGGGAUACAUCAGGAACAUAUUUAAGUCUGAAUGUGAAGAUCCAAAGAAGAUACCCAAGAUUCGGUGCAAUGGAAAGAAAAUAAGGAAGGAAAAAGAAAGAAGAGAGGAGGCUAGGAAGAUCAGAGGAGAAAGAAGAAGAAUAUUGGAGGAGGAAAGGAAAGCAUAUCUUGAGAAGUACUUCAAUAAAGCCUGA